AUGUCAGAUUACCGUAGCACCGAGGCCUCCACCUUGAUGCUCAAGAGCUUGCGCAGAGAUUUCAUGCCAAACGGACUCUUCCUGGUAGAAGAGCUGCCAGAGACCACGUCCAGGACGAUAGCGGCCGAGUGGGGCACACAAACAGCUGGCGGCAGUCACAUUCAUCCCGAUUGGACAAAGAACCCUUGUUUCCAUCUCAAACUACGCACCACGGGACCCACCAAGGUGAGGAUAUCCCUCUCUCGCCCGGAGAAAGACUGGAAGAACAAGUGCAUCAGAGACUCGGUCGGCUGCAUGAUGGGCUUUUACCUAAUGUCAGGCUCCAAGCCGAACCGCAACCAGGCAAUAUUCCACGAGGGUCGACCGUAUGAAGGGUCGCCGAUGGUGCCAACCCACGAGGUGUCUACACCUCCUGGAUUCAUGUUGGACAACACUUCUGAAGACGAUAUUUUUACCAUCAUGCCGGCUACGUUCGAACCAGGGAAGACCGGCCCUUUCUUUAUUUCGAUUGCCACUACGGACGCCGACUUUUCUCUUAGAAGGUCAGUAGCGUUGACUGGGGUUUUGGCCCGGAACUGUUGGUCACUGCGUCGCGACCUUGAACUUGUCGAUCUGUCGUGA